AUGCACCCCAUACCCAUCCCCAUCCCCAUCCCACUCCCAAUUCCACCUGGCACCAACAUCACCAGCUCCAAGUCACGGCAUCCUCUUCGACCUCCUUCCCACAUGCCUUCUCAACCCAACUCCAACGCCCCAGACAUUGACAGCAACUACGAAUCUACUCACCACUACAACCCAUAUCCAGAUCCAUACGCAAACCCAUCCGCGACGGCGUCCCCGACGGCAUCCGCGACGACGCAACCCUGCGAAUUCACCACCCCCUGCACCACCCACCUAGACACUAUCCCCAACUCCCCCUCCUCCUCCCCAGAACCCUUACCAACACCAAGCCCACCACCCCGACCAGCGAGAAAACUCAUAACACACAUCUUCGGCCGCAACAAGCUGUCGACGCGUCUCUUCCCGCCAUCCGUCUGGGUACACUACUGUCGCAAACACUACCAGCGGGCACGGUACCGGGCCCCGAACUGGGCCGUCGCGCAGGUCGAUUUGGUAUUCGUGUCGUUGGAGAGGAUGGGGGUUUGGGGCGGGGUGAGGGUGUUUGAGGUCGUGUUGAGGAAGAGGGCCAUGGAUUUGUGGGCUGACGAGGGAGAGGAGGAGGGAUUGGAGGAAGGAGAAGGAGGCGAUCAGGAUCAUGAAGACGAUGAUGAUGUCGAUGCUGGAGAGAUGCGACGCAAACGCAAACGUCAAACUGCCGUGGCUUCUAGGGGUCAAGGGAAGGUGGGAGGGAGAGGUAUCCCCAAGCGCAAGAAACCUACCAUCCCCAAGGGUUCGGUGCCGUCGUGGUUACGCGAGCAUCUGGGUCCGAAUAAGUCUUUCGCGGAGGUGCGGACGAUGCUGGAGCAGCUGAGGACGUAUCUCAAAGAACAAGAAAGGCGACGGCAGGGGAGUUCAAAGGCGACGAAGAAGACACAACUGCGGUUUCCGGAUAUUGAAAUCUUGCCGGUCUUCAAGGAGUGGGUUGGAGCUGGUGGGAGAGAUGAAGUUGCGGUUGAGCCCUGA